AUGGCAACCAGCCAACCCGCGGAUCCCAACUCGCCACUCGUCGCGCUUGUCUCUAUCUACGAGCGGUGCAAGGAUAUCCUGAGGUCGGUCGGCCAUGAAUGGUCCCUGAACAAUCACGAUCAAAAGGCCCUCCAGGCGCGCAUCUCGACAGAGCACCGGCGGCUCGAGCAAUGGGGCCAUGGCAUAGGGCUCGACGGGCCCAAGAAGGCCCAGCUGUCCUCCAGUUCGAAUGGUUAUCUCCUGGACCGCGAUUUCCACGAGAGUACCCAGGGAAUUCUUGAAUCCAUCGUGAGCAUCUUCGAAGAGACCGUCGCAAACCUGGCACAGCACUACGAGCUGGCUCCCUCCUCCGCACCUACAGCCGGCUCGGCGCGUGGCGGAUAUCUUGCCCGCGUCCAGUCGUACCUCUCUGCUAAAAAUCCCACUUCGCGAUGGCAACGCCAGGAAAAGGUUCGCUUUGUGGCGUUUGCCGAAACGGUCCAUCAUCACAUUGGGGUUUUACUGCGGAAGCUGGACUAUUAUGAGAGCAUCGCGAAUACCUGA